CUCUUUUGUUGAUUGUUAUAAACCCCAGAAUAAUAAACACCUUGGAUCACCCAGAGGAGCAAGAUGGCUGAAUCUAAUGAGUGUUUCAAUAUUGGCAGCACAGUUAGUUGCUUGACUUGCUUUGACGAGGAGCUGCAAGGGGAGGUGGUGGCCUUUGACCCACACGUGAAGCUUCUGACUCUGAAAGCAGCAGCGAGCAGUGGACGUGCAUCUUUAUGUGACAUACGCAUGGUGAACCUUAGCUACGUCUCACAAGUUAAUGUAUUGAGGGAAGCGGCUGGAUCCCCUUUACCCUCCCUGCCAUCUCUAAAUCUUGCUAAGCUUAAUUCUCGUGCAAAGAGAAGCAUAGAAGAAAAACAACGAUUAAUCCAGGCGAUGCAGUCAGGGGUGUCUCCUGAGGGCCAGAAGCUGUUCAUAGCUAUUUGUAAAACGAUAGAGGAGGUGACGUGGGCUGGAGCCAACAUCCUGGUCAUGGGCCAGGUACUCAUCUCCCCACCCUACCUGCCAGAGAAUGUCAGAGAACACAAGGAAGGCAAAGAAACUAACACCAAGACUCUUAGUUACAUCAGGAAAAUUGUGGAUAAAUUCCAUAAGGACCAACAAUCACUUUCACUGAACAAUGGAACAAGUGCAGCACCAGUAGUAGCAGAGGUACAGCCAGUUUCACAGUGAGAUACCAAUGACUAUACACCUCAGGCAUGUACAACAUCAAGGUGGGGAGAUAUGUGGGCUCUCCCAAGUGAAUGUGCUCCAUUUAUUUUAUAAUAUUUGCCAAUAUGUAAGUGCAGGCCACUCAUCAAGGUCAGUUGUUGUGUGAGUCAGCAGAUUUUGAGUGAUUGAUGAUCAUGAGUGAUGAAGUAUGAAUGUUAUGGCAGUUGAAAAAGUGCAAUUUCGUAUUUUUUUUAUACUGGGCUAUGGUUUUUACCACCUAUCCUUGUUCAUGGGUUACCAAAAAUACUUUCUGGUCCUUGGUAUUCAAUAUUGUUAGUCAAGUAGAGUUUAAAUUUUUUGUAAAGCCUUUUGCAUUAUUGCAUUUGGAAUGUCUAACAGUUGGCUAUUUAAAAACCAAUGUGAAGGUUGUCAGUAAUGAAUGUCAUAAGGCAUAAGACAAAGUGGAGAAGGGAAUGAUGUAUGUUAGAUUUAUAAAGUAAAUAUUAUUGAAAUAUUUAUAUCAGAUGUGUUUUCUUGUGCAUUUAAAGAAUUUUGGAAUAUAUAUUAUAAAUAUAUAUAUGGAGAGGAAUCUCUUAUUGUAUUGAUAUACAACAAGUCAAGGGAUUAUUUCUGGUUAAGUUGGUGGUUGAUAUGGAAGAAAAAAAUCCAAGAAAUGUUUAUCUUUCUUUGAUAUUGAUGAGUUAUGCCAGUCUUAAUACGUAUUGAAUAGGUUGUCAUACUUCUGUGGAAAUCCACAAACGUCUUCACAAGUUACUUUAUAUUGUUUUCUAAUGUGUAUUACAAAGGUGCAGCUAUUGUUAAGACAAUAUGAUAGAACUUUCCCAUGUCACUGAGGAGAUUCGCUUUAAGUAGUUGUAUUAUCGCUUGAUUUCUGUGAAAAGACCCUGACAGUAAGCACGACUUAGAUGGUAAUGGAUAAGUUUUCUGACUAACUAGUGUCCAAUUUUGAAACUUUGAAAAAUAAUGAUAUAACUUACUGAAAUUCCACUUGGCACGUACCUGUAUCCAGUUUUGAAACUAGCCUUCUAGUCUGUCAGACAGUUCAUAUUACAGUACCUGUUUACAGUCUUAAACCACAAAUGAAUUUACAUAAACAGCUUCAUGAAUACUCCUCAUUCAGUCUAGCAAUGUACUUAGAUAUACAGUAUUGGAUUUUUUUAUGAUGAAAAUAUUUUGGUAAGGCAUGCAAUGUCUUGAGCAAACUAUGUCAGUCACUUUGCAUCUUUUUAUGUUGAUUGAGCUGGUAAAAUUUUAUUUGGUACUUGUAUUUUCAAUUAUCUUGUGGCCAGUCUAAUAUACCUACUAAAUUCCUUUAAUUCAUUUGACAUUUGGUCCCUAAACCUUACUACAUUGUAUAGCCUUCUCCCUCUUUCCAAAAAUUCUCAAUCACCUCGAUUGUAUGGAUGUCUCAUAAUACCGUAAAAUAUAUAUAUAUUAUUAUUUCUCUCCCAUUUUUACCUCGGGUGGACUUGGGGCAGAUCAAAAGGUACAUAAUCCUCAUAAAAAGGGAGCGAUUGUAUAAGAGGACUAGUAAUAUACUUCAUAUACUACUUCCCUCUCAUGUUAAUAAUCUACGACUCUAACCUCCAUCUCUGUACUGUAUUUUUCAUUAUUUUCAAAUAUAGGAACUGCUGACCUUCAUUUUGUGCUCUUUAUAAAGACAAUGCUUUUAAAGCUUAUAACUUUGCUCACCAAAUAAGUUUCACAAAAUUUCAAAGCAGUUUUUCUUUAUUCUCAGAUAUGAAUACUGUGGUUUUGCUUGAAAGCUUGUUCUUGCAAUACUUCCCUGUAUUAAUUUCAGUUCAUCCAAUGUUACUUGAAAGAUGUGCAAACUUGCAAAUUAUGCUCAGGAUGAUCCACUAUGCCAUCUGUGUCAUUAAAAGCCCUUAGUAGGAGACAUUUUCCUGUUUUGGGAGCUUCAACCUACUCUUGAGAGAAAUUAUUUGAAGUACUUUUUAUUUUUGCGUUUUUUUUGCUUUAUUCAAGAAACAUCAUCCAAUUUUUUUAUUUAAUAUAUUUAGUAGUUUUAUUUUAAUGUAUUAUAUUAUUUCCAUUAUCUUUUCCACUUAAUUAUUUUCAGCACUUGGAUGUAUUCCAUUCAGUAAAAAAAUGCUAAUAUUUAUGACUACUGUACUAGUGGGUUCCACCUGCAAAGUAAGAAAACAGUUUUAAUGCAGGUGAAUAAAAAUAAGGGUGGCAGAACCUUCAAGAGCAGUGGCAGUAAGCUAAUGAUAAAGAACUUUUAUUACCAAGACUUAGGAACAGUCCCCUUCACCAGUGCAUUUACAGGGGCUCGUCAGGUUUUGUACAGUGUGGCAGCCCUGUGUUUGUUUACAUUCGACAGAAGGAAACUCACAAAAGUAAACAUAAUAAGGAAUUAAAGUAAAACAUUAUUUAAACAAAUAUCUCAAUGUAAUGGUUUGUGGAAUGUUUAUAUGAUGAGCCCCUGUAAAUGCUCUAGUGAAGGGAACUGUACAUAGACCAUUGAAUGUCAGAUCACAGUGUACAAGACAAUAUAAAAUACUGUAGGAGGAACUUCAGUUUUUGAGGUUUCUUAUCACUUUAGACAAUGUAUAAUCCCUUAAUACAUAUACAAAUAAGUGUGGUGAGGACAAUGGAGACAUAUCAGUGAAACAACUGAACAAUGGCAAUAAGACAUUAGUAGAUACGAUGGCAAGGGUCUUGAUGAACCCAGUUGCUAUACUUGUUUAUUAAGUAAGCAUGUUAUAUAAGGGAUUAUUGAUUUAUAGUAGCAGAUAAUUUUGAAUAAUGGCUGGACCAGCAGUUUUCUGUUGUCUGCAUGUGUUUAUGCUUACAUAACUGCCUUUUGUUUUAGUGAUUGAAACGUGAGAAGUGCUAAAGGAAUCUCUUUUAUUAUUUCUUGAUAAAUUACUGUACGUAUACACUGUCAUCAAACAUAGAAAUCUUGCCAAAAUUUUAAUGGGCUCUGAUGACAUUACAAUAUACUGUAUUAGAUCUUUUUCUUGACUGUUCAUCAAUAAUACAGUUCUUUAAGAGGCCUGCUGCUUUUCCAGUCUCUAAGCCUGGAUCACCUUCCUCCACCACCAUGAUUGUUUCACUCUUGCUGUACCAGCUGAUUCAGUCUCGUUACUCUUCCAUGUACAUCAACCCCCUUGUCUCCUGACUUUCACCUUGUACUUAAUAAACACAUUACCUUUAUUUAUACUGGGGUCAUGUUUCUAAGAAAAAAUGCUGGGCAAAAAUGAAAUAUAAAAAAUAUAUAUAUAUCUAUAGUAAAGGGUGUUAUUUUUCCAGCCACAGUAAAAGUUCCCAUUUGACAAUUAAUCUUUAUUAUAUAAUGUUCCAUGCUUACAUUAUACCAACUUAAUAACUAAUAACUGUGAAUGUUAUUGAAUGAACAUUGUAAAUUAAUAUACUGUAUUCUACUCUUUAGUAUGCGGCAAUAUGCCAUUUUCUACAUGAGUAGUAAUAAUCUUUAUUAUUACAUUAUUAUAAUAAUUAUUAUUUUCAAUUAAAAUCGUUGAUGUCGAUAUGACUGCGACUUUAUAGUAAUAACUUAAAAGCACCUCACCAGGCAUCACAUGAGACUCCACUGCUAGGCGACCAGGCGAAUACUCGCGACAAAUUUAAACUGUGUUGUGCGCGUUAUUUUGAAAAUAGGUGCGUGUAAUUUAGCUUUUGGUAUUAAUUGAACAAUCGUGUUAUUCCAAAAAUGCUUAAAUCAAAUGCACGUAAAAUGCGAGUUACCUGUUUGUAUAUACUUUUUAUAAUGUUAAUAUACGUCCGAUUGUACAUAUGCCUGUCCACACAUACACACACUCGGAUGGUCUUCACUUGCUACAUGUCCUUUGUUGUAGUAGUUUCGCAUGGUAAGCUGUCAAAGCUGGCUGUGUGUACAGUCUACAGCUUAUACCUUUAACAGGGUCUCGGAAUUCAUCAAAUGAGUAAUACUGUACAGUACUCAGUAUUGUACUGUCAACAAACCAGCACAUUGAAAGUCUGGCCUGAUCUGGGCCCCAACAAUUAUAGAUAUUAAAAUAGUACAGUAUAGAGGUACUGUAUAUUAAUUUUUGGAGUAGAUUUAGAUUUAAAUAACAUGACAGUUGGAAGAUUAUAUAUGUACUGUAUAAACAGUUUGUAAAAACAUUGAGGGGCUAGAAUCAAGAGGAACACAAACUGAACUUUAUUUCUUAUUCAUUCUUUCUUAUUACCUUACUAAGUGUGGUCUACUAUACCUCUGUAUAGUACAGUACUGUAUAGAUAGAAGUUGAUAUGAAUUUGAUUAUUCUCUUAUUACCUUUGGCACUGUAUAGACUUCAAAGUUGCAAUUAUCUGUUGAUUGAUUAUUUUUUGCUAUUAAUUACUGAAUACUGGUGGCUGUCUGUGGCACAUGAGAACCCAAUACUGUACUGUGAUGUAAAAGAAGAGGAUUAUGAUGUUCACAGUUUUGCAAGUCAUCUGUCACCGUCAAUAUGAAAUGCCGCUGUACGGUUACAUAGAAAUUAUAAGGUAUAACAUCAACAACCAAUUUACUAUUGUUAUAGUUUUGAGCUCAUUUAUAUAUACUGUGUACAGGUACUUUAUCUUAUUAUACAGGCUGUUUUAUUUCUUAUUUAUUUGCAUAUUUUUAUUGUUCACUAAAUUGUAUACUGUAAUUGAUUAUUGUUCUCUGCAUUUAAAGUAUUUUAUAUCAGUUGUUGACACCCUUUUGACUUCGAGAAUGCCUUGGUGAAUAUAAUAGCAUUAUUACCGGGUAAUUUAAAAGUUUUGAUACCCUAGUACUGUCGAGCAAAUUCUCUUGAAAUAUUUUUUUUUGUGCUCAUUAUUUUUGUCCCCACAAACUCUUCAAUUCUUUGACUAAUUUGUGUGGUAUUCUCUAAUAUUUGUGGUCAAGUGCUACAUUUGUUUGUUCAGAAUUUUCCUAUUAUUUGUCAUUCAGCCUCUGAAUGCCUUACCAGAUGCAUUUUGGCAUAUACUGAACAACAACAUUCAGAAGAGUCUUAUAAUUAAUGAUGAGCUUCACCUAGGCUCUGACUGUAUGCAAGGAUCAAUUACCUCUGGAAGUUACAGUACAAUACUUAAAAUCUCUUUAGUGCAUCACAUUGAAUAAGAAAUUUUCAUCAUUAUUGAUAAUACUGUACGUAAGUUGUAAACCAAGAUUAUUUUGUUUGCAUUUCCUUUGCUCUUUGUCUACUAAGCUGACCUUUGAGCUAUGUUAUGGUUAUUUUUCAACUUGUAAUUUCAGGUAGAUAAAGUGUACAAUUUAUUUUUUUUUUUUACUCUAUUACAUGCACACACAAUCUUUCAUACAGAAUAUGCAAAAAAAAAAAUAUUUGCCAUAAGGUCAAAAACAUAAAGGGAUUAAACAUUUCUUAUGUGCGUGGGAGUUAGCACACAGAUCUGGGAAGGGGAUGUAGGGAACGGAGUGGGGAAAUUCAGUUGCUCGCUGUGUCCUGUGUAGUGAAACGAUUGCCAAAUGGCAAUUCAGUAUUUUUUAUUUUAAUUUGUUUAUUAAUAUUUUUAUUAAUCCUCAUAUUUACUGUUGAAUGGGGGUACAAAAAUACUGUAAAAGAUGCAAAGAAAGUGUUCAUCUUAUCCUCGUCAAAAGCGUCUCUAUGAAAACAAAGCUGAAAAGAAACUGUUUGCCGAGUGCAUCUACAGCGUCAGGAAUCCUGCCAAUCUCUUUGCGCAGGUGUGGAGUGUUUAUUUAUUUAUUUUUAAUUAAGUGGUAUAAUGUAUUGUACUGUAUAUUUUUAUAAUAUAAUUUAUUUAUUAUUUGUCAUAUGAAGGUGCUACUGUACAGUAUAUUGAUCUAAAAGUGUGGCAAACCAAACACCAAAUAAGAGGCAGAAAUUUAUAACUUAUCACCCUUAGCACCGACCACCUACAGUUUCCUGUAAGUAGAAUAUACCUGUAUUCUAAUAUGGGUUAAAUAUUGUAAUGUACAGUACUGCUUUAUCAGUGCUUAGAAUGCUUAAAAGUAUUGUUCCCACAAAAAAAAUUGCUUAAAAUGUAUAUUUUUAUUUUUUGGGGGACAUUUUUUUCUGUAGGAACAUAUUUUCCUUUAUUUAAUGGGAGUCAAUAAGAAAAAUUGCUUAACUUUACAUACAAUUAAUUUAUGUGAGGUUGUCCAGGAAAGUAACCUUUUGUAAGUUGAAGCACUCCUGUAUUUGGGUAACAAUCAUUAGCCAUCAAAACUUGUAAUACUGUACUAGACUCACCAUAUUUUGGGCUGGAAUCUUUGUGCAUAUCCAAUAGGUAUUGAUAUGCCACAGUGGCAUUUUUAUUGAUAGAUUCAGCAAGGGAAGUGUUGGUCAGAAGAAUGAGGAAUCUUGCUGUUCAUGAGCUGGUAUUUGCAAGCAGUCUUAAACCCCUUAUACUGUACCUGGAAAUGCAUCUGGUGUUGUGAGCUUAUUGCCACUCAAGAUUCUUGUUUUAGAUUUAUUUAGAAGGAAAAAGUAGCAAAUAAUAUACAUGUACAGUAUAAUUGUCAAUGCUGUACUGUUAAAUUCAUUAUGUGUUGAACAAAGAAUUUAGAUGAUCACAGUUUUUCCAUGUACUGAAUUAACUUUAGAGUAUUUGAAAGAUAUAGGUAGUCAAUUUGUUAAACUGGUUCUCAAGAAAGGGUACUACUUGUAGGGUCUUAGGAUGUAAGAUUUCUAGUGGUAAAGGAGAGUGGAAAGUGUGUUGCCAUUAAUUCAUCCAUAUCGUACUCGGUAAAAGCUUAUCUAGAUUAAUUUUUAAAUGGUUAUCCAUCUAAAUUGACAAGUUAUGUUUUUUAUUUAAACCAGGUUAUGUCAGGAUUACCCCAAAUAGACAUGCAAAGAAUGGCACUCAUUAGUUUGGCUGUUCUCGGACAUGACAUGAUGGAGUCAGAUGUUUUCAACUGGUGCCACUAAAGAGUUUUAUUAUAUUAGUAUGCAGUAGAAGUUCCCCAGUGCAUUUAUUGUUGAGCAGAAGUGGAAGAGGAAAACAAAAUAUUUUUGGAAAAACUUGAGCAAAAGAUUUUGUUUAGUUUAAGUGUGUUUCACACUGUAUCGAGAACUAGAGUUUUAGCAGUAAUGUAGCAAAAUUUGUGUGAAUACAGUACUUUAUAUAGGAAGAAUUCAAGACAAAUAGAUUUAACACGAUUAUUGAUGUUAGCAUUGUUUUUAACUGUUUCACCCAGUGUAAAUGGAAUUGAGGAGUAAACCAUGAUUGAUUUCAAGAAUGAACAUGAAAGUACUAUAGGAGACAAAAAAAAUAUAUGAGUAAUUUAUUAACCCUUUCAGCCUCAGACAUUUUUGCCAAAAAAUCGCAGAAAAAAAACAAAUAUAGGGCUCAUUUUACUGCCAUGGAAUUGUUUGAUUAAUUGUAAUGGGGUCUCUUCUUGUGUAAAAUUGUCUGAAAAAUUGUAUGAAACCAUAAAAAAUAUAAAAUUCUUGAAUUUUAAGCCACUUCUUUCGCGUAUAAGUUGAAAAAGUAGGAAAAUGUUAAGUAAUAUCGAUUUCCAUUUGCAUUUUCCUUGUAUUAUGGUGUUCAUUGAUAUGUACUAUAUACCAAAAUAAAGAACAAAGCAUGGAGAAUAUAGUGGUAUAAGGAAAAAUAAUGUAAAAACUAGUGGAAUAAUUAAAGGGCCGAGCAGCGCACCCUUCUCUCGCUCUAAUGCCCAGAGCGACACUGGCUUCAUGCUGUGCUGCCAUGCACGCAAUGACCAAUACUGUCUAAGUGAAAGUGAUGAGGCCCACACAAAGAAAACGAUGUCUUUCAAAUGGCUAGAUGACAGAAAAUUAAGUACCUGUAAUAUAUAUUGUUAUAGAAUUUUUUUUUUUUUUUUACCUUUUCACACCACUUACAGUAUACAUAUACCUCACUUAUGUGACUUUAUCACAUAUGCCAUAUAUAUAUAUAUAUAUUUUUUCAUUCCUUUGUCCAUAAGAUUUUUAUCUAUUUGUACAGUAAAACAGUACCUGUAAUGAUGAAACAAUGGCACUAAAUGUAUCCCUUGUAUUUCUUUUGGGUCUUGAGAAAUUCAAAAUUGAAUUUGAAUGUUUAAAAAGUUUUUGUGGUGAGUUUUAUCUGUUUGGGAUGACACAUUUGGUGAAUGGUGGUCUGGGUUUAGUUGAUGAACUUCAAAGCUUUAGUAAAUGCCACCUAAACUUUACUUGUAAUUAGAAAAACAAAAUUUUUACUGACAAAUCCAAUUGUUGAAGUAUGCUGUAAAAACUAACAUUAUAAAUAUGAAGUUGACCAUUAAAUACUUAUGUAGAAAGGUAUUUAGCAAGUAUCUUUGUCUGCAAACCACUAGCAAUAAAUGAACUUGUAAAAAAUGGAUGAAGCAUGAAUUGACUUUAAAGGGUGUGGUGAUUUUUUAUUUCAAUGGAAUUCCCAACUCAUCAAGUAAAAUUUAUUUGAAAAUAUCUAAAGAUAAUUUUUGGGGAGGGAAUAGUUUACAGUGUGCAUUAAUGUUCAAUAUUUAAUUACAAAUUAAGAGAUGUUGAAGUGUAUGUGCCAGGUCUUCUCUCCCUUUCAUCAUCAUUUCCUAAUGCAUAUAUUUUAUCCAUAAAAAUACAUGUAUCAUGUGAGAAUUAAAAUGGGAUUUCACUAUAUUUAUAAAUAAUAAAGGAAGGGGGUAAAGCCAUUACAGGUUGGGUGUCCCUUAUCCAAAAUUUCCAAAUCUGAAAUGCUCUGAAAUCUGAAAGUCUAUUUCAUUAUAUUUGUGGUAGAUCAUACACUGAAAAUGGCAUAUAUCACAAAUUUUACUAGGGUAAGUAUGUAUGUGUAAUGAAUAAAGGCAAGACACAUACUGCUCAGUGCUUCAGAGUCAGGCGUCAGGGCAGUGCCAAACAAAUGGUAGUGAUUGCUUUCCUUUCUGGGUCUUUAAUGUACAUCUUAUCACACAUUUUAUACCCAAAAUGAUUAAAUUAUAUUUAAUAAAACUACCUGCAAAAUAUAUAUAUCCAUAUACUGUAAAUGAAAUAUAAAUGAAUUUGGUGCAUACCAUUGACUUGGGCCUCAUCUCUGCUGGGUGAGCUACUGCAUGAUACAGGUUCUGUAUACAGGAUAUAGGUACUGUAUUCCCAAAUCCGAAAAUAUCCCAAAUCCGACAACCUUAAGGCCCCAAGCAUUUUGGAUAAAGGAUACCCAACCUGUACCAAGAUGCAGCAUUGAAAGAAUAGUACAGUAUACUGUAGUAUGAAUGUGUGUGUGUGGUAAGCAUGUCAGGGUAAAUGGUUGGUUGGCACAUUAACACUGUGUCUGGUUGUGUGGAGCAUAAGGAUAUUGGUUGAGGACUCAGGCUUAGUAUACAGAUUACAUAGUAGAUGCUCUUUGGUUGAUAUGCUCUACUGUAUAAUUAGGAGCCCUAGGCCUAGUAGUUCUCUAAUACCGUUGUUUUCCCCACAAAGGGUUCAUGCAAAUUUUGAUUUGUAUGCACACUUAGAUGUGGGAUGAGAUAUAUUGUUAUAAUUUUUUAUGAUAAAAUGAGAAAAGUUCAAAACUAAAGGUGUAUAAUGAGUGGAAUAGUGAAGAAAAGCUGUUCAUUCCACUCUGUUGUCAUUAUUUAUAAUUGUUUCUUUUUGAAUAUCAGAUUUUUUAUAAAACAACAUUGAUGAAUUAAUGUAAAAAUUGAAGACAUAUAAACAAAUUGCAAAUUUAGUGAAGAAUGGUUGAUAAUUUGUAAUUUAUGAACUGUAAAAAUUGUCAAUAAAGAUAUAGAACUAUA